GGUAUGAUCCUUGUCUGUCCUCACCUGAUUGAUCGCACGGACGUCAUUAACACAACAUUCAGUCACAGUCAGCGCAUGGAGUGCCUGUGGCGCUAAGAAGAUCAUCCUAUCAUUCUGCCUUGAAUUAAUUGAAGAAGAAAAAAAACGGCUCUCGGACGGGAGCCGGAUCUCGUCGUUCACUUAAAAGAGCCGGCUCUUUGAACCGGCUCGUUCUCGACCAACACAUCACUAGUCGCCGCGUCGACAGCAGUUACCAAGGAGACCGUGGAGAGCUGUUGUGCUAGUGGCGGAGGACUGGAGAGGACUCUCGGUGCUGCAUGUUUUCUUUGUAAAGGGAGCAUUUGUAACAUGGCAGAGCUGCACAUUAUAGGCCAGAUCGUCGGGGCCGGAGGUUUCCCGCAGAACAGCCUAUUCUGCAAAUGGGGAGUCCACACAGGAGGAGCGUGGCGUCUCCUGUCCGGGCUGAAGGAGGGACAGACCCAGGUGGACGUCCCCCAGAUAGGAGACAUGGCGUACUGGAGCCACCCCAUCGAUCUGCACUACGCCACUAAAGGGCUGCAAGGCUGGCCGAAGAUCCACCUCCAGGUGUGGCACCAGGACUCGUUCGGCCGCGGCCAGCUGUACGGGUACGGGUACUGCCAUGUCCCCUCCAGCCCCGGACAGCACCGGGUCAGCUGUGUGACCUGGAGGCCGCUGGGCUCCUGGCAGGAGCAGCUGGCUCACAUGUUUGUCGGCGGAGGCCCGCAGCUCCGCAGCCCGGACCUCAUCUACAGCGGGGCGGACAGAUACAGGCUGCACACCGAGGCCAUGGGGACCGUGGAGCUGGAGCUGGGCAUCAUCAUGAGACACUUUGACAAGUACGGCGUCGAGAGUUAACCUAACGCGGUGAAAGGACUUUAGGAACUUGUGAUGGGUUUUAUAUUGAGCAGGAGGAGCUCUUACAUGCUUUUAGGAAAGUUUUGUACUUUUUGCGUUUGUGUUUUUUUUAUAUAACCUAACUAGAGAUGUAAAUAAAGAAACUAUCGUCGUAACGAA